GUGGAGCGGCCCUUAGUUACCGCGUGUUGCUGCUGCCGCCGCCGCCGCCGCCGCCGCCGCCGCCGCCGAGGUUUCCUAAUCGAGGAACCGCGAAAAAAUGGUGGCGACUCCACAGCCCUUUGAUGGAGAAUAUGUGGCAACUCUUCCUUAGCAAGAAGUCUUUAACAUCAGGGUGAUGAACAAAAAAACCUCAUCGAGUCCAAGGGUCUUUGGACAGUUCAUUUCUCUAGAAGAUAAUUAUGGAAGGAGAUCUUCGGAAUAUUAUUAUCUUCAAUGCUUCCAAAAAGGAAAUUUUUACUAUGAACAGUGGUUAUAGGAUUUUACAAAAAAAACUUCGUAGUAACUGGAAAAUACAGAGCUUAAAAGAUGAACUCACUUCAGAGAAACUUUCAGGAGUAAAACUAUGGAUUACUUCAGGACCCAGAGAAAAGUUUACAGCUGCUGAAUUUGAAGUUCUAAAGAAAUACCUAGAAAGUGGUGGGAAUAUCUUGGUGAUGCUGGGAGAAGGUGGUGAAUCUCGUUAUGAUACUAACAUCAACUUCUUAUUAGAAGAGUUCGGGAUCAUGGUCAAUAAUGAUUCUGUGGUGAGAAAUGUAUAUUAUAAAUAUUUCCAUCCUAAAGAAGCCUUGGUGUCUAAUGGAGUUUUAAAUCGGGAAAUCAGCAGAGCUGCAGGAAAAACAGUGACUGGGAUAAUAGAUGAAGAUACUGGUGGAAAUGAUUCGCAGGCUCUGACUUUUGUAUAUCCGUUUGGUGCUACAUUAAAUGUGAUGAAACCUGCAGUGGCUGUUCUGUCUACAGGCUCUGUGUGUUUUCCUCUUAAUAGACCCAUUUUGGCUUUUUAUCCUUACAAGACUCAAGGUGGCAAAUUAGCAGUAUUGGGAUCGUGUCAUAUGUUCAGUGAUCAGUAUUUGGAAAAAGAAGAAAAUACCAAAAUCAUGGAGGUACUUUUCCAGUGGCUUACAACAAAUGACAUUCACUUAAAUCAGAUAGAUGCAGAAGAUCCAGAAAUUUCUGAUUAUACAAUGCUUCCUGAUAUAGCCACUUUGUCGGAACGGUUACGAGUUUGUCUGCAAGAGGGAGAUGAGAAUCCACGAGACUUUACAACACUGUUUGAUAUGUCUAUUUACCAACUAGAUACUACAGCGCUUCCAAAAAUUAUUAAGUCUUAUGAACAGCUGAAUGUGAAAUAUGAACCACUUCAGCUAAUUCAGCCACAGUUUGAAACACCUUUACCUGCACUCCAGCCAGCAGUUUUUCCACCAGCCUUCAGAGAGUUGCCUCCUCCCAGCUUGGACUUGUUUGAUUUGGAUGAAACUUUUUCUUCUGAGAAAGCUCGUCUCGCCCAAAUAACAAAUAAGUGUACUGAAGAUGAUCUAGAAUUCUAUGUCAGAAAAUGUGGCGAUAUCCUAGGGGUAACUAAUAAACUGCCAAAGGAACAGCAAGAUGCCAAGCAUAUACUGGAGCAUAUUUUCUUUCAAGUGGUGGAGUUCAAGAAGCUAAAUCAAGAACAUGAUAUUGAUACAAGUGAAGUUGGAUUCCAGGGUUUCUGAAAAAUCCAAAGUGUAAACAAUGUCUUCUUUUUGGAAAAAGAAUCAUAAUUUAUUGAACAAGCACAUGACAAAUGACUGUUACCUGCCAAUUUUCUAUAUCCACACUAUGUUGUAAAUAUGAAGAUAAUCUAAAAUUUUGAAUGAGAAACUGUCUUAGAGGCAGUAAUUUUGAUUUAUAUAUAUAUAUAUAUAUAUAAUGUAUAUUUAAUGUGUUUUUUAAAUAAAUCAUUUGUACAAUUUGAAAUUCUUGUUUCUGAUUAGUUCUCUAAAGAUUCUUCUGAGCAAUAUAAAUAUGUAUAAUGGCUAGGGAAAUGUGUGAUAGUGAUUAGUUAUUGCAAGAUAUGAAACAUAGAUGGAAUUCCAUGUAUUAGGAGGACUUAAAGGCCUGUCUUCAGGUACAGCUUUGGAUGAGGAAGUCUGUUCAGGAAUUCAUGAUCAAAAAGGCCUUUAAGUAGUUUAGUUGUAGAAAUAGCUGUAUUAAAAUUUGUGUCUUAAGUGAUUGUUAAAAACAGAUCAAGGAUAUUCUCAUUUUGAGUUAGACUGAGAAGGUCAGUUAAAAUCUCAGGUUAAACAUAGUUUAUGUGAGGUCAAGGAACUACCUAAGGUGUUUUUUUAGUGUUGAUAGAAAAAUGUGCAGUUGAGUUAUACCAAUACUCAGCACAACAGAAAGUAUUGAAAUUCAGCACUGACUUCGAUAAUGGAAGUAGCUGAUUUAAUUUCAAGAGGAAAGAAAUAAAACUGAUUUCCACACAUAAUAAGCAGU